AAAGUGGCUCGGGCGCCCCCACGCUCGUCUUUCGUCCUCUCUCCAGCCCUACCCCUCCCUGCCCCCGUUUCAGCACGGCGCCGGCCGCAGUCUGACAGGGACGGGACGGAGCCAAGAUGGCGGCCGCCGACGGCGACGACUCGCUGUACCCCAUCGCGGUGUUGAUAGACGAGCUUCGCAACGAGGAUGUUCAGCUUCGUCUCAACAGCAUCAAGAAACUGUCCACCAUCGCCCUGGCCCUUGGGGUGGAAAGGACCCGCAGCGAGCUCCUGCCCUUCCUGACAGACACCAUCUACGAUGAGGAUGAGGUCCUCUUGGCCCUGGCAGAACAGCUGGGAACCUUCACUACACUGGUGGGAGGCCCCGAGUACGUGCAUUGCCUGCUGCCACCCCUGGAGUCGCUGGCCACAGUGGAAGAGACGGUGGUGCGGGAUAAGGCGGUGGAGUCCUUGCGGGCCAUCUCACAUGAGCACUCACCCUCUGACCUCGAGGCCCACUUCGUGCCGCUGGUGAAGCGGUUGGCGGGCGGCGACUGGUUUACCUCCCGCACCUCAGCUUGUGGCCUCUUCUCUGUCUGCUACCCCCGCGUGUCCAGCGCCGUCAAGGCAGAACUUCGACAGUACUUCCGGAACCUGUGCUCAGAUGACACCCCCAUGGUGCGGCGGGCCGCAGCCUCCAAGCUGGGGGAGUUCGCCAAGGUGCUGGAGCUGGACAAUGUCAAGAGUGAGAUCAUCCCCAUGUUCUCCAACCUGGCCUCUGACGAGCAGGACUCGGUGCGGCUGCUGGCGGUGGAGGCAUGUGUGAACAUCGCCCAGCUACUACCCCAGGAGGACCUGGAGGCCCUGGUGAUGCCCACUCUGCGCCAGGCUGCUGAGGACAAGUCCUGGCGCGUCCGAUACAUGGUGGCUGACAAGUUCACAGAGCUCCAGAAAGCAGUGGGGCCCGAGAUCACCAAGACAGACCUGGUGCCCGCCUUCCAGAACCUGAUGAAAGACUGUGAGGCCGAGGUGAGGGCCGCAGCCUCCCACAAGGUCAAAGAAUUCUGUGAAAAUCUCUCAGCUGACUGUCGGGAGAAUGUGAUCAUGACCCAGAUCUUACCCUGCAUCAAGGAGCUGGUGUCAGAUGCCAACCAACAUGUGAAGUCGGCCCUGGCCUCCGUCAUCAUGGGCCUCUCCCCGAUCCUGGGCAAAGACAACACCAUUGAGCACCUCUUGCCCCUCUUCCUGGCUCAGCUGAAGGAUGAGUGCCCAGAGGUGCGGCUGAACAUCAUCUCCAACCUGGACUGCGUGAAUGAGGUGAUCGGCAUCCGGCAGCUGUCCCAGUCCCUGCUGCCUGCCAUCGUGGAGCUGGCUGAAGAUGCCAAGUGGCGAGUGCGGCUGGCCAUCAUUGAGUACAUGCCGCUGCUGGCUGGACAGCUGGGGGUGGAGUUCUUUGAUGAAAAGCUCAACUCCUUGUGCAUGGCCUGGCUUGUGGAUCAUGUCUAUGCCAUCCGUGAGGCAGCCACCAGCAACCUGAAGAAGUUGGUGGAGAAAUUUGGGAAGGAGUGGGCCCAUGCCACUAUCAUCCCCAAGGUCUUGGCCAUGUCUGGGGACCCCAACUACCUGCACCGUAUGACUACGCUCUUCUGCAUCAAUGUGCUGUCUGAGGUCUGUGGGCAGGACAUCACCACCAAGCACAUGCUGCCCACAGUCCUGCGUAUGGCUGGGGACCCUGUCGCCAAUGUCCGCUUCAAUGUGGCCAAGUCCCUACAGAAGAUAGGGCCUAUCCUGGACAACAGCACGCUGCAGAGCGAAGUCAAGCCCAUCCUAGAGAAGCUGACCCAGGAUCAGGAUGUGGAUGUCAAAUACUUUGCCCAGGAAGCUCUGACUGGUCACCUGAAUUCUAACUGAUGCAGGGGCCAAAGAGCCCCGGAGAGAGGAGCAGGAGACUUAGUGGAUGGUGGUACGUGUAAGGUUUCACAAAGGACGUGAUACUGAGUGAAAUUUUGCUCAACAUGGUGGAGGGGAAAUUGGCACUGGGUGGCAAAGCGAUUUUACUGGCUCAGCCCUCAUGUUACUGAGUCCUUACUGAUUGUUAGGCCCAACUGUCCUUGGGGAUGAGGGGUAGGAGAUCCUGUUCCUCCCAUUAUUGGCUUAUGUUAGUUUCAUAAGAGAAGGACCUGUGGUUUAAGUUUGGUCCCCCACCCCGCACCCAACACAAAUGUACCGUACUUUCUUAGGAUAUAAAUAUUUGAAGGACUCACUGAGUGAAGAAUCGAUGAGGUUGGGAGGUGAGGCAGUAUGGUCACUUUCAGCCUGGUAAAUGUUCAAGUUCAUUUGGCAAUCCACCACUAAUUCCUGAAAGAACAUUCAAAUGAA